AUGCGGAAUUCUCUGGUCAUUGCGGCGCUGGCUUCGCUCUCUUUAGGAAACGGGAUGGUGACUGAACGCAGUAAUUCAAGCUGUACCUUCACCGAUGCCGCUUCUGCAAUCAGCGGAAAGGCUGGCUGUACCGAAAUCGUCUUGAAGGACAUCGAAGUGUCUGCCGGGACAACCCUGGAUAUGACCGGUCUUCAGGACGGUACUCAUGUGACCUUCGAGGGAACAACAACCUUUGGGUACAAGGAGUGGGAAGGCCCUCUGAUCUCCUUCUCUGGUAACAGCAUAGUGAUUGAAGGUGCUUCCGGUCAUUCCAUCGAGUGUGAAGGUAACCGCUGGUGGGACAGCGAGGGAAGCAAUGGAGGGAAAACAAAGCCAAAGUUCUUUUACGCACACUCCUUGAAGAACUCCCAGAUCAAAGGUCUUAAUGUUCUGAAUACCCCGGUGCAGGCAUUUAGCAUCAACAGUGCUACCGAUCUUGCUAUCUACGAUGUCACCUUGGACAACUCGCUAGGUGAUUCUCAGGGUGGGCACAACACUGAUGCCUUUGAUGUUGGCUCCUCGGAUGGUGUUUACAUCUCGGGGGCAAAUGUCAAGAAUCAAGACGAUUGCCUCGCCAUCAACUCAGGCACGAACAUUACAUUCACGGGGGGCACUUGCAGUGGUGGUCAUGGGUUGUCUAUUGGUUCCGUUGGGGGCCGCAGCGAUAACACGGUGAAGACUGUUCGCAUCUUGAACUCUCAGGUUACCGAUUCCGAUAAUGGUAUCCGGAUCAAGACGGUUUACGGGGCGACAGGCUCGGUUUCUGAUGUCCAAUACGACAGUAUCACUCUCUCCAACAUCGCAAAAUAUGGUAUUGUGAUUGAGCAAGAUUACGAAAAUGGAUCGCCCACUGGUACGCCCACCAAUGGUGUUCCGAUCACCGACCUGACAGUCAACAAGGUCACCGGUUCCGUCGAUUCAAGUGCCACGAACAUCUACAUUCUGUGUGCUGCUUGCUCGGGGUGGGCAUGGACUAAUAACGAUGUUACUGGAGGGGAAACCUCUUCCAAGUGCACUGGUCUGCCUUCCGGAGUCUCCUGUUAG